AUGCCGGAGUCAGAGGAGAAUGGGAGGGACCUGGAGGCCGAGGAGGACCCCUCGCCCUGCGCCUUCUCGGGGCACGGCCGGGAGUGUCCCCUCAACAACACCGAGUGCCGGGGCCGCUGGGAGGGGCCCAAUGGUGGGAUCACCAACUUCGACAAUUUCUUCUUUGCCAUGUUGACCGUCUUCCAGUGCAUCACCAUGGAGGGCUGGACCGACGUGCUGUACUGGUGCAUCACCAUGGAGGGCUGGACCGACGUGCUGUACUGGUGCAUCAUCAUGGAGGGCUGGACCGACGUGCUGUACUGGGUGAGGCCCCUGCACCCCGACCCCUGGGGACCCCGCACCUCGACCCCCAGGGACCCCCUGAACCCCUCCCAGUGCAUCACCAUGGAGGGCUGGACCAACGUGCUGUCAGUCCAGAGUCACAAGGCGGGAGCUCACCUGUACGUCUCUCCCCCAGCCAGUCUCCCCGCAAGUGAAACGACGUCCGUCAACACCGAGAACGUGGGCGAAGAGGAGCAUCAUGCCACCUGCUGCGACAUGUAUCUAGGCAAAAUCUCAAAGACAAAAUUCUGCCGCCGGUGCCGGCGCAUGAACCGCCUCCUGCGGAAGAGGUGCCGCCUGGCCGUGAAAUCCGUCUCCUUCUACUGGAUGGUCCUGAUCCUCGUCUUCCUCAACACACUGACCAUCGCCUCCGAGCACGACAACCAGCCCGACUGGCUGACACAGAUCCAGGGUGAGCCUUGCCUGUGGUGUCUUUCCCGGCUUGGGAGGGGCUGGCGGGUUAGAGGAGAGGGGGCUGGAAGCGAGGACUCCUGGGCUCUCUCCCGGCUCUGGGAGGGGAGUGGGAUCUAGUGGGUAGA